AUGUCAGAGUCAAUUAAGAUCACAAGGGUCAAAAAAGCUUGUACACCUUGCAAAUUGAGGAGGAUCAAAUGCGACGGCGAGUUCCCCUGUGCUAGCUGCCUAAGACAUGACAAGAGCUGCGAUUACUCCACAACCGAAACGUUACAAAACGUCAGACAACCCUUUAAGAACUCCAAACCAACAAAAGAUGAGUACAUCAAGUACUUGGAAAACAGAGUCUUUUUAUUGGAGGCGGAGAAAACUAAAGACAGGAUCGAUAGUGUUGACCCGGAUGCCCUGUUUCUGAGAGACCAUCUGGUAGAGACCAGACUGGGAGGAGUGGUGAAGUUUGAUGGCAUAUUGAUGAACAAACUGGCAAACUCUCUUUUUGCGAGCCUCUCUGCUGAGGAACGUGAAAAGCUAGCCGUUCCGAGGGUGCAGUUUUACGGCUGGAACAUGUCUGGAAAUCAUUACUUGCAGCAGUUCUCGUUGGACUCACUUUCGCCUAUUCUAGACCCUACCGAGGAUACAAGUUUUUGCGAUUGGCUGGUGCAAUUUUACCUAGUUAAUAUCAACCCACUGUUUUCGAUUCUCCAUGAAGAGGGCUUCCUCAACCAGCUGAUCCGAUAUCGGCGUGAAUUGUACGCAGAUGAAGAAAUAAAGUCUACCAGAUUGUUCAUGGCAAUGCUGAGUUUGGUGUUUGCCAUUUCAAUCAGAUUUGCCGAAUUCCACCCAGCCGUGCCACCCGACGUCAGGACCAAAAUGAGACCUGGACUAGAAGAACAGCUGUUCCUCUCCGCCUACGAGGUGGUGUCCAAACUCAGCUUUGAAUGGCAGUCGUUGGAGUUGAUCCAAUCGUGGAUCUUGAUCACCUUGUAUCUCAGAACUGCGCACAGACAGAGCUCUUCUCAUGCAUCUCUUGGGACAGCCAUACGGAUGUGCAAAGGAAUGUUAUUAAAUGUCGAUGUUGCCAUAAGAACUAAAUGCAAAACCCCAUACGAAAUCACGAAGGUGGAGAGAGUGUUUUGGUUGGUUUAUACUUGGGACAAGUUGUAUGCCUGGCAAAGUGGAAGACAUCACGAGAUCUAUGAUGAACAUAUCAGUCUGCGAGUUCCUGAACUAGAUAAUCCGGAGGUCCUGGAUGGCUGGUUACAGAGGCCGGCUUUGGCAAUGAUUCAUCUCGCUAAAAUUGCUGCCAAGAUUCAACGCCAUAACACCAAACAUUACUAUAUGGAUCCUCUUUUCCUGGGCGAUGUCAACAAUCAACUCAAUGGCUUGAAAAACUGGGUUGAUAGAAACCUGAGAGAUGGUUCUUGCGAUAGUUUGAUGGUUGACCAGGUGUAUUUGACGUACCAUGACAUUGCACUAUCGCUCCAUAGCAAAGACAUCUUGAAUCUUGUUGGCGGCCAGUUGGAGCCGUUUGACAAUGCCAGUAAAACUUAUCACAUUCUGGCCGAGCAUUCUGCAAAAGUUCUUAAAGUUUUUGAAAACAUCGAUAGUUUACAACAAUUGCAAGUUCCUUGGUGGCUGAAUCUCACCUUGCUUUUCACCAUAUCGGUGACAAGCAUAGUUUUCAUGAAUGCCGGGCUAUAUUUGACACAGUGUCCAAAAAUUCUGAAAGGUUCCAUUCAUUUGUUAACAAGUCUGAAACAAACGGCCUCGAUGGCAGCAGAGUGUGUUUGGGCCUUGAAAAUGCUCAAUCACAUGUGCGUUUUACGACUCAACAAGUCUGCCGCUAUCUUCAACAAUAUCGGGGUUGAUCAUGGACCGAGUGCGGUGAAUGAUAAAAAGUUUAAUUCGUUCAACCGAGUGGAGGGCACUACUGUAACUCAAGAAGCUGACUAUACCCAGCAACAGGACGAAGCUUGUGAUGGUAUUGAUUCUGUAAACUUUCUGGAUCUGGAGUUUGCAACGAUACAGGACCUACUAUGGUUUGACACAGAGCUGUGA